AUGGUUGACAGGUCGAAGACGACUGCACUAGGGUUGACAUUUCUGUAGAUAAAACCAUUCUUGGCAACCUAGGUAAACAAAGGGUUUGUUGGAGCUUUGAAGAGAUUCUUAGUUACAUAUGAAGCAUAGGAGCCUCUCACUGGGAGGGUUUCAAUCGGCGAUGGUUUUGGGGUUGGUAGUUAUUGGUGGCCGGCUUUAUCCAAGCCUUGUUUUUCAAGUUCACUUUGGUGAACAUUUUUUUUUUGGUUAUGUUCAUUGCGUAGCCUUCCCUACAUAGUACCACAGAGUGUAAACUUUG